UUUAAAAUGAAACAAAACGCCACUGACUCAGCAUUUCUGGUGCAAGAAGGGGCAGAAAACGUUGAACUGCAGCCCGACCUCAAGCAGGACUCGGAAGAGGAAGAUUUUCUUCCACCGGAACCGGAACCCGCUAAAAAGCACCCCUUCCAGUGCGAAAUAUGCGACAAAAUUCUCUGCAACAAGCAAACCCUCAAAUUUCAUGCGCUCGUUCACGAAGAUCCGACCAAACGGGAAACGUUCCGAUGCGAGAUCUGCGAGGGCAUUUUCAAGUCUCGAGUCGCGUUGAAAUAUCACCUGAAAACGCAGCACGUCCCGGAAAAUGAGCGCAAGAAGCUGCCCUGUCCAACGUGCGGCCGGAUUUUCAAAAGCGAGGAAGGCCGGAAGAUCCACAUGACCAUUCAGCAUGGAGCCGGGGGACCGAUCUUCAAGUGCAAGGAAUGUCCGAUGGUAUUCGCGCGGAAGCCCCACCUAGAACUGCACAUGGCAACUCAUGGAGCGGGCCAACACGUUUGCAUGACCUGCGGGAAGUCGUACGCCAGGCUGAAGGACCUGUCCCGGCACGAGGCCACCUGCGGCGUCAAGGAACUGUGCUGUCCGGUGUGUGGCAAGCAGCUUCGGACGGAGCAAGCGCUUGAGAAUCACCGGAAAAAAUGCCGAUCGAGCGGUUUGAGGUGUGAAGUCGGUGACGGUGAGAGGCGGGAACGUCCGAAAAAGAGCGGCUCCGGCGGCGAGGAUGGCAAGGUUCGCAUGAGACGCAGCAAACAUGACCGGUUUCUUGGACUGGACCAUUUGGCGGAUCCAUCUUCGCUGGUCGAAGCAGUCGUGGAACCGGCCAGGGUUGAGCCAAAGCCGAAGGAACGCAUUUUGAAGAGAUUCCAGUGCGAGCAUUGUCCGCUGAAGCUGGCCGGAAAGAUAGCAUUGUUGAAUCACGGACGCAGACGGCACUGGGAAGCUUUCGGGCUAACGGAGCCGGCUCCCGAAAAGCGAGGACGCAAGCGGACGCAUCCGGUGGGACAAAAGAGGAAGAGGAUUCGCAAUCGGCGUAAGAUCAUCAACUAUGUUGACCCUGAGGAGUUGCCGGAAGAGGAUGAGUGUGACGCAGAGAACGAGGAAGCUGAUCCUGUGAAGGCGGGAGAUGUUGAAAUCGGAGAACAGACGAUCGAAGAUCCAGUUGGGAACGUGACCAUUCCAGAAGAUAUUAAAGAAAACGUUGUGUACAUUGAGGAGAAAUUGCAGCCAAUUCAAAAUGUUGAAGAACCAACACUUGCGGCAAACGAAGGCGCCAUCAAGGAAGAGAUCAUUGAGUUUGGCGAGUACGAAUUUGAACACUUUGAGGGUGAUUCGACCGAGGAGGAGGCCGCCGACGUUGAGGAUGAAACGUUUGAGCACGUUGCGGCUGACCUUGGGCCCUUGAUUCCGGAAGAGCCGCCCAGCGAUGAAGUGGACACUCUCGACGUUGAACCGGCGAAUGAUCCACAAGUCUGCGACGAACUCGUGAUCAAACUGGAAAAGCUAGAUUACACCAAGCUGGUUAAUUCGGAGGGGAGGCCAACGUACCGUUGUGAAGAGUGCGGUAAAUCGUACCAGCUUAAGCAUAACCUCAAGGCGCACAACGAAAAAGUGCACGGCAUCACGGAAGAACCUGGUGACGGUGCUAAUAUUCGAACCUGUAAGCACUGCGGACAGAAGUUGAAAUCCUGGCAGAGUCUUGUCAAACAUUUGAAGUUUUUCCACGCAGGAAGUGUCGACGAAUCGCAGUUCGUUAAAUGUCCGUUGUGUCCUGCGAAGUUUCUCAAUCAGGAAGACUUGGACGGGCACGUCUGCACCAAGAGAGACGUUUGCGAAAGGGAACCAAGGGAGCGUUCCUUCAAGUGUGAUCUGUGCCGUAAAACGUACUCUUUCCUGCUUCAUUUGGAAGCGCACUAUUCCGUGCAUCCAGAAUGUCAGAACUUCAAAUGUGACCACUGUUCGAACGGAUUCUACAACGAAAGGGAGCUGAACAAGCACAAGAAGAACGUGCACGAACCGGUGGUGAAACCUGCGGUGACGAAGAUUCGCCCCUUCAAAUCCAAGUACAAAAAUCCGUUUCCCAGGACGGAAUGCGAACAAUGUGGACAAACGUUUGCCUACCGAUACCGGCUAGCGCUGCACCGGGUCAAGGAACACGGAAGUACGGAAAUUCCAGUGGCAAACAGACCAGUUCCAAAGACGACGUUUCCAAGAAACUUCCCUUGUGACCAGUGCGAUAAAUCAUACCAUCUUCAGACUAAUCUCACGAUUCACAAAGCCAAGGUUCACGGCGUUGGAGAAGCCCCGUCAAAGCAUAGGUUAGCCUUUUUGCACACCUGCAAGGUCUGUAAAAAGCAAGUCACAAAUUUUGGUGUUCUGGUCUACCAUAUGAAGUUUAAGCACGGAAUAAGCAUCGAUGAGUCGAAGUUCGUUCAAUGCCCGUCGUGUCGAAUCAAAUUCAUCACCGAAAAAGAAAUGGCGGAGCAUAUUUGUCUCAAGGGAGUUGUUCGUGAGAGGAAACAUCCCUUCAAGUGCAACUUGUGUGAUAAAGCUUAUGGCACAAAAAAACAUUUGGAACACCACUACUCCGCUCAUCCGGAAUACCACAACGUCAAGUGUGACCAAUGUCCUAGAGGGUUCUACAACGACCGGGAACUCAACCUACACAAGAAACACAUGCACAAACCAAAAGAUGCCUACGUUGAGUGCGAGAUCUGCAAUAAGCUGUUCAAAAACCAACGAAACUUGAAACACCACCAGCAGCUUCACAUGGAUCGCGAGUACUGUUGUGAGCAUUGUGGUAAAACGUGUAAAACUUUACAUUUGCUGCAAUCGCACGUACAAUUCAUUCACUCGAAUCCAAACGAUCUACUGAUCGCUUGCACAAUUUGUGGGAAAAAAAUCAAAGGAAAAACAAGCCUAAAACAUCACAUGAAAAUACACAACAACGAUCGACCGUUCAAAUGUUCCUUUCCGUCCUGUGGCAAAAGCUUCAUCACGAGGGGCGAUUUGAACAAUCACGUGCAAAGUCACACAAAGGAUUACAAGUACAAGUGCAAGUUCUGCGAUUAUGGGACUAUUUCACGGAAGACAAUUGUGCAGCACGAACAGCGGGAGCAUAAUCAUAACCAGCUCGCUGAAGUGAACGAUUCGUAAGAAAUUGGGAAAUGUUAAAUAAAAGUUUAUUUGAA